GUGUAGAUCGCAACAAAUCGCCAUUCACUAGAAAGUGGAAAUGGAGAGGCAACAAACGCAAUGGGAUGAUUAGAAAAAACCUGCAGCAGAAAAGAAGCAUGUUUCUUCACCGGCAUUACGUUGAAAGAAGAGUUUUGUCAGCAUGGGACCAAGUCAAUCUAACCGAUGCCAAACAUCACAAAUCACAGGAUAUUAUAUGCUCAUACAAUCAUAUCAUUGUAUGUUUGGGUCUGAAUCUUCAAAGUAAUGUUGAGUGCGAUGCUUGGGAUAUAGAGAAGGGGAAUCUGAUCAAAGAAAACAAGAGUAUGUGGUGCAUGCAGUCCCUAUAAUACAUCACACAUAGGGAUGCGUGAAUGCAAUGCUACCAAAAUUGUGGAAACCAAUGCUUAUGAUAUGGUCCACCCUCCAUGCAUGAGAGGAUUUCUUUAAUUUGUACUUUUAUUUCUAUACCAAUUUCUGUGAAAAAUGUUUUUUUUUUUUAAAAAGAUGAGAUUUUACAUAUUAUUUGUAGUGAGACAAGAAUUUUGAGAUGAGAUAUAUAAUUUUAAAAGUUUUGAGGUCCCUUUGAUGAUGGACCUUGAAAGACUGCCCAUCUGACCUGCCCCAUGGGCUAAUUUUAUACGGAGUGCCAUAUUUUCAGGGUUAGUAUAUAUGCGUUAUUGGGUUGGGCCUCCACUCACCCCAUUACUCAUCUUCUAGUAUUUCAUACCGAGUACUUUAAUGAAAAUUUUGUUCCAUA